UUAGGCUUCAAUAUGGAUCGCAAGAUCGAUCGCGAUACGCUCGCCGCACUAGUGGAGUCGGAGCCGUGCUUAUGGUAUCCUGGUCACGAUCAUUUCCACAGAAAGGACAAAAAAGAUGAAGCUUGGGAUAGGAUUGUCAAGAAGGCGAGGGGUAAAGGAAUUGUAUGCGAUGUGAAAUACUUGAAAUGUCAAUGGAGGAGUAUGCGGGACGGGUAUAAAAGGUCGAGAAAUCCACGAAGCGGUUCCGCGGAAAAACCUAGUGGAUUUAAUCAGUGUCUGAGUUUUCUGGACCAUGCUGAUGUGGGAGGAGUGCGUUCAUCAAAUAUUGAUGAAACGGGAGAAGAUUCGGACUAUUAUCAAGACGAGAACGGAAGGGACGAGAGUGAUGUUCCUAAAGGCAGUAGCGUUGGAAAAACCUAUGAACCAAAAGCGUUUACUCUUGGUAAACGAACUGCACAAGAAUGGGAGACCCCCACUACGAAAAAAAGAUGUUCGUCCGAUAGCAGAUCGAAAAAAGAAGGAAACGAUAAAGCGAAUGAACGUAAGUCAGUCCUCGAAGCUGUGGAGAUGGUGAAGGCAAAUGCAACGCGCUUAAACCCUUUCAACGACGAAUACAGCCAUUUUGGAGAAUUCGUGGGACACGUCUUACGAGAUUUCGGAAAGGAGGUCGCCAGGUCGAGAUAUCCGAACAUUAUUGAUGCUCUUUUUGGCACCAACGCAGACAAUAAGCAAGAUCAGCCGCCUCAUCCCCGAGAAUGGUCUCCUUACAGUGACGAGGUCGAAGUCUUGGAAGAAGACAAGCAAUCAGAUUAAUGCGUCAGUCUUGCAGAUUCUACCAUUACCUCUCUUUUGCAUGUUGUUUAUUCUUGCUUCGCAGUACGUAUAUCAACGCCCAUUACCGAAGUCUCAAAACUUGCUAACCAAUCCCUUUUGCUCAGCUAUGCCGAUUCUCAUAUAGAGUGUCUUUCGACUUUUCUGUUUUCUGUUUCCAGUGUGCCUUUAGAUCCCUUUUCCAAACUCAGAAGCACGU